AUGACCAAACCAAAAGUCCCUCCUUUUCUUUCACAGAUAGAAAUAUCUGGUCACAAAGCACUUGUUGACAAAUUCAGUAGAUUAGCAAGAGAAGACAUCGAGAGACUCUCGAAAUCUACUGACCCGCACAAUAAAUACAGUAUAUCCGUGGCAAAAACUUAUGAAGCCCAAAAACUGAAUCGAUACAUGGACAUUCUUCCAUUUGAAUAUAAUCGCGUAAAAUUAUCCGCUAAAAGACCGUCGAAAACUGACUACAUCAAUGCCAGUUUCAUCGAGGCGCCAGGUAAUGCGAAGCGAUAUAUCGCUACACAAGGCACUUUGCAAGAAACGAUCGAUGAUUUUUGGUUGAUGGUUUGGGAACAAAACUCUCGUAUUAUUGUGAUGUUGACUAAAGAGAAUGAGAAAGGAAGUCAAAAAUGUGUACAGUAUUGGCCAUUACGAAAGGAGCAACCGAUAGAAUUUUCGACUACUGGAUUAAAAGUUUCAUUGGAAUCAGAAAAAUUAGACGCAGACACAUCUUGUAUCGAACGCACAAUCAUCUUAACAAAGAUUCCAACAAAUGAUGGGAUCGUUGCUACUGCAUCUCAAUCUCAAUCUAGACGUAUUAUUCAUUUACAAUUUAUAGGUUGGCCGGAUCAUGGAGUUCCCGAUUCACCAGACAUUAUUUUACAAUUAAUUCGAAAAACAAAUGAACUACAAAAUAUUAAUCGUGACAGCAGAGAAGGAGAAGAGAUUAUUGAUCCUGUUGUGGUGCAUUGUAGUGCUGGAUGUGGGCGUACGGGAACAUUUUGCACUAUUGAUUCAGCUUUGGCUUUAUUACCGAAGAUGCCUGAUAGUUCUUCAGAUUUGAUUUUUAAUUUGGUACGACACUUUCGUGAGCAAAGAACACACAUGGUGCAAACUCUUAGUCAAUAUCAGUAUUGCUAUUUGGCUGUAUUACAUAAAUUGGUGUCAGAGUCUGCUGCUGCGUCGUCAAAAUAA